UCUGUCUCAGUGAUACGCUUAAAUACUGAAGUCAUGUUUUGGAGCUCUACUUAGCUCAGCCUGCGACUCAAAUACCGGGGACGGCGCAGACUCGCGACAUAACCGUUACUGCUGUGACGACAUUACCGUUACUUCGGCGGCUCUUCUCGGUGUUGAGCACCGCUGCCAUCAGCUGGUCGCUCAGGUGCUCUCCCAGGAGCUGGCUGCCCGCGGACAGGCCCCAGUAUGCUAGGACCAUGUUCAAGAAUGUGUUUGGCUCAGGGUUCCUGGUAAGAACAGCUCACGUGAUUCUGACAUGGGUCACAACGCUGAUCCUCUUCCUUCAUGACACAGAGCUGAGGAAGCAGGAGGAGACCGGCCAGCUGGUCCAGCCGGUGCUCUUCGUCCUGCUGGUGCUGCUGUCUGUGCUGCUCUACUUCGCUGUGUCUCUGAUGGACCCAGGCUUCAUCCUGUCUGAUGACAGCGAUUUGCAGUUUACGCUGGGAGUGACUGAGGAGCAGCAGGACAUGAUCCCACCCACCACCAAGUCCCUGCGCCAGCGCCGCUGUGGCCACUGUCUGCUUCAGCAGCCAAUGAGAUCAAAGCACUGCCAGACGUGUCAGCACUGUGUCCGGCGUUACGACCAUCACUGCCCCUGGAUUGAGAACUGCGUUGGUGAGAGGAACCACCGCUGGUUUGUGCUCUACCUGGCCGUCCAGCUGCUGGUGCUGUUGUGGGGGCUGCACAUCGCCUGGACGGGCUUCAGCUACGCACCCACCUGGCAGCUGUGGCUGCGUACCAACGGGGUGCUGCUGGCCGUGGCCGUGCUGGUGGCCCUGCUCUCGCUCAUCGUGCUGCUCCUGCUCAGCUCCCACCUCUACCUGGUAUCUCUCAACACCACCACUUGGGAGUUCAUGUCGCGGCACCGCAUCUCCUACCUCAAACACUGCGGUGCAGACGAAAACCCGUUCGAUCGCGGAGCUUUCCACAACCUUUGGGGUUUCUUCUGUGUGUGGGGCACAGUGGUGUGGGAGCAGGUGUACUUCAGGGAGGGCAGCGACCAGGUUUAGGAACACAAAGAUUUCACUCAUGAACAAACCUUUCUGCGUCUGGGAUCAUGCACUUGACCACAUUGUUAGAGGAUGAACUCUUUGUGUGCAGUUUACCUACAUAGGCACUUGUAUAGGCACUUGUGCCAUAACUGCAACAUUUCCUUCUUUUCCUCUCAGUGGAUUGCUUGCUUUUGUUGUUUUUACUAUGCUGUUGCAAUCUGCAUUUCCUGUUUUUUUUCCUCGUACUUCCAGGUUAUAGAUGUCAACAGAUUCAUAAAUGUUUGUUUCUCCCCUCACAGUGAGGUUCCUGCUGCUAACAGGUAACCAGCACUACAGCAUUUCUCUUUUAUUCUUGAAAUUGAAGUUGUAUAAUUGAAAUUUCUCCUAAAACAGGAAUCAUCCACAUUGUCUGCAGGCAUUUUAGUGUACGAUCUUACAGCUGUUAGUGAAGUCAGUCAUGAAGCUCUGUUGACUUAAGCUUAGUCUUUAUUUACACAGCACAUCCCACUUUACCCUCACUGCUGCCUGCGCCACUGAAUCAUUUAUGUGAGGAGUGAUUACAUGUUUGAAAAACUCCUGGUUUCACCAUGACAGCAAACCCGACUGAUUGACUGUUUCUGAGGUCUGAAGUUUACUCUUGAUAUAAGUCAAAUAUUGUGUUAACAUUUGAGUGAAGAAAUAUUUGUUUUUGAUGCAUGUGUAGACAAUCAGAUCUGUCGUUGCUAUGGUAUCUUUGUCCCUUCCUUGGACUCGCAACCUAAUUUUAGUUGUCAGUAUAGCGAGUGUCAUUCUGUUCUAGCUACCUGUGGUAAAUUAUUUAUUCUUUUGUUUUACAGGGUCCACUUGUUUUUGUCGCAAAAGUAGGUUACACUAAGUGAGAGAUCUUUGGAAAUUUGAUCUAUGUUGUUCCAAGCAUUUAAUCCAACCCUGAUGUAAAGGGUGUUUUGACUUUCAGUGGACAGCAUCUCAAGCUAUUUUAUAUUGCUUACAAUUUUUUUUUUUUUUUACUGUUUUGAACCUGAACAUUUCUGUAGACUUUUGUACAACUGUUUUAACAGAGGGACUGGAAGAAUACUGUGGAAACGUAAGCUAGGACUUAGAGCCUUUGGAGUGCAAUACUUUGUUUGGUAAUUCCAUUUGAGCUUUUCCUUGUGCAAUAGUAACCUUGUAAGAGAGCAAUAAAUGUGGUGUUGAAUUUAACGUACAACAGUUUUGCUGGACUAAAUGCAGACUGCUUUCAGUCAGAUUACAAUAUUGUCAGAACUUUAUACAAUUCAGUUAAUUCAACGUGUGUACUAAUUAUAUGCAAACAUGUCAUGCAUUUUUUUUACUAUUUUGGAAAUACUGUAUACCUUAAAAAUUAAUAAAUGUUUCAUGAAAAGUU